AUGAGAGUUAAGAAGAGAAAUGUUAGAGGUAAUGCCAAGAAUUUCAUAACGAGAUCCCAAGCUGUGCGUAAGUUGCAGAUUUCUCUAGCUGAUUUCAGAAGGCUUUGUAUUUUCAAAGGUAUCUAUCCUAGAGAGCCAAAAAAUAAGAAGAAGGCUAACAAAGGCUCCACUGCCCCAACUACUUUCUAUUAUGCCAAAGAUAUUCAAUAUUUGAUGCAUGAGCCUGUGUUGGCUAAGUUCAGAGAGCACAAGACAUUUGCUAGGAAAUUGACUAGAGCUCUUGGAAGAGGUGAAGUCUCCUCUGCGAAGAAGCUAGAAGAGAACAGAAGUACAUACAAACUGGAUCACAUUAUCAAGGAACGUUACCCAAGUUUCCCAGACGCUGUCAGAGAUAUUGAUGAUGCACUAAACAUGUUAUUCCUGUUUGCCAAUCUACCAGCAACAAACCAAAUUUCAUCCAGAGUUAUUAGAGAUGCGCAAGUUAUCUGUAACCAAUGGUUAGCCUAUGUGGCAAAGGAGAGGCUUAUCCGUAAAGUUUUCGUCUCUAUCAAGGGUAUCUACUAUCAAGCUAACGUUAAAGGUGAAGAAGUUAGAUGGGUCAUUCCAUUCAAGUUCCCAGAAAACAUCCCAAGUGAUAUCGAUUUCAGAAUUAUGAUGACAUUUUUGGAAUUCUACUCUACCCUACUUCAUUUUGUUCUGUUCAAGCUGUACACUGACAGUGGAUUGGUAUAUCCACCAAAGAUCGAUGUCGAACAAGAUAAGAUCUUGAGUGGUAUCAACGCUUAUAUAUUGGAAAGUCAAGAAGAAACCAGUGUGUUGAAUGCAGAGGUGCCAUCAGAUGCUCCAGAUAAAGAAGCACAGUCCAUUGACACCAAGACACUUGCACAAGCAAUGAAGGCUGACAGUAAGGAUAAAGAUGACAACUCUAACGAUGAAGCACCAGAAAACGUUGAAGAUGUUGAAUUGGAUGAAUUUGAAGACCAUAACAAGAACAAGGGUGAUAUUUUGGCCCAGCCAAGUAAAUUCAGCUCUCCAACAGCAACUCUAUUCGAAGAUUUUGUAUUCUACGUCGGUAGAGAGGUACCAAUCGAAGCUAUUGAAUUUUUGAUUUUAUCCUGUGGUGGUAAAGUCAUCAGUGAGGCUGCCAUGGAUCAAAUUGAAGGUAACACUGAAUUUGACCUAAGUAAAGUAACUCACCAAAUUGUCGAUAGACCAGUUCUGAAGCAUAAAGUUGCUGGCAGAACUUACAUCCAACCACAAUGGGUGUUUGACUGUAUAAAUAAAGGUGAACUCUUAUCAGCUAAUCUAUAUUUGCCUGGUGUUAGCUUACCACCACAUCUAAGUCCAUGGGGUGAUGCACUUGGUUACGAUCCAACCAAGGAGGUUGAAUCUGAAGAUGAAUCUAGUGAUUCUUCUGAAGAAAGUGACUCCGAGAUUGAAAAUGAAGAGGAAGAUACUAAACCUGCAGCAAUUACCAAUGAGGAUGACGAUGAGGAUGUGGAGGAAUUGGCUGCUCAAAAAGAACUAGAACUAGAAGCUAGUGGUAUUGCAUACUCUAAGGCCAAGGACGAAGGUUUACAUGAUGAUGUUGCAUCAAAGAAAAAGAGAAAGGUUACUGAUGAAGAUGAAGAAGAAAAGAAACUAAAAAUGAUUAUGAUGAGUAACAAGCAACGCAAGUUAUACAAGAAGAUGAAAUAUUCCAAUCAACAGAAAGAAGAUAAGAUCGAGGAGUUGAAGAAAAAGAAGAAGCAACUAGCAAAGAAAGAAAAGACUCUAAAAAAGGUAGAGAAGAAAUAA